AUGCCGCAAGCACCAACCCAACCCACAACGUCCAGUUUCUUCCCUUCACUCCAACCCGCCAAGGAAACAAUCCAAAAACCACGCAAACGCGUCCCCCUAGCGCUCCUCGAACUCAACGGCGUCAAGAUCAACAGCUACCCUACAGCAAGCACGCCACAGAAGAACGCCUGGGUCAAGGUCACUCCCGAAAGGAUCACACUCGAGUCACCUCCAGUAGUAUUUGGGUCUUCCUUACCGCUACCUACACGUACCCCGUUGGGAUCCGUAAAGAGGCCUGCUCCGGGAAAGGAGAAUCGUCCGCCGUCUGGCCCUCGUGAGGGGUGGUCGUCGUCGAAGAGUUUGAAGAAGGGGUUGGUGUUUGGGUGUGACAUUGAGGAGAGUGAUAUUGUUUCUGAUGAGGAACUUGUGAACGACAGUGAGGAUUUUGGUUUUGGACUUGUUUGCAGAGGUGUUGGUAAGAUAUACUGUGAUGACGAGCAUGAAGCAGUAACUACUACUUCCGAGAUGGUCUCAAAUCCUACAGAUGGAUUAUUGACGAUAGAAGAGAGGCGCUCUAAUUUGGGCCUACCAAUCAACGGCAGUAUUCCGAGCACGAUGAACGGCGCGGAGUAUCUCAGGAAGGAACAUUCCACUCCUCUAGGAAGAAGGGAGGGCCUUUCAAGGAACACCACCUUGACUAUGGUAACCUCUGUCCUCUCUUCACCUCCGGGAUUUGAAAGUAAUUCUUGCCCGGAUUUUUCGGGAGUCUCGAUACCAGCUGGCCACGACGGAGUUCCAUCUGAUCCUCCUUACCUGCUCCCGGAGCUCGAUACCACCAAGAAUCUCAACAUCCCAUGUCCAUCUAUCACACUCAGGUCCACCAGAGAAGCCACCUCUACCACCAGCAUACAAACCGAAAAGGACCUGGUUUCACAAACACGUCAGCCCCGCCCAGGCGGUGAAAUCCCAAUCUACAAACUCAUCUCUCCCGUCGGAAUUUGUCUACCUCUCCAUCCGACUCCUCGUCCACCCAGAAUUCCAAGCCAACACCAACCAAGCAAGAUCCCAUCCUCUUUAGAGUCAUCGAGGGAUAUCGUGCGCUUUACCCGCAUUGUCGUUCCCGCAGCGAGUCCUUUCCCGGUGGUAGAAGUCGUGGGUAAGGAGACUAGCGCACCUCAGGAGUCGAGAAUUCCUAUCCCUCAGCUGCAGCGCAAGGUUCUUCCACUUCCGAAAUCAAGGGCUGGCAGAAAUUUUGGUAAGUCUGGAAACAGAGAGACUCCGGGGGUGAGUACAAGGACUGCUGUUGCUCAAGAGCUGCCGCCACCUGUAGUAGGUUCAGGCUCUGGAGGUGUGGUACUUCAUAAAUAUCCUCCGAAGUGUGUUGUUGAAGAGAACGGAAAGCUCGUUUGUGCAUCUUCCAACGACACUACAAGUAUUCGGCUCAUCCGUUCUGCAACUAGCUCUGGGAUUUCGCGCCAGCCGCCGAAACCUGAAGCUCCUCCAGUAAGUCCUAUAACCGUUAGUAAAACCCACAGUCCAGACCAGUUUGAUCCCUACCUUGAGCUUUACACUCAAAACUCCCAUCCUCAUCUCUAUCGGCAGUUAAGUACCUCUCACCCCCAGCAGCCCAAGCCUAGCCAGGGCCUCCAACGUUGCACCAGCAUGCCCGUCCAGACCAGUACCCCUAACGCAGCCACUAGGAGACGAGAAGGUUGGAAGAAAAAGAAGGCUGCUCCACUUGCGCCCGUGAGAAAGCUGUUUGAUAUGAGACCGCCGCCCCCGACACCGGAGGAGGAUAAGAAUUUAGAUUAUUAUGGGUCGAGGUAUGAUUGGUGGCGGGGUAUGAGGGUGUGA